AAAACCAAACAUUGAAAUGGACAUCAAAUUGCUUGGAAUUAUUGUGGCUUUAUUGCUGAUUAUUGGCAACUCCAGUUGCCAUUCGGAUGUGGAGACACGCAUUGUGGGCGGCAACGUAAUCUCGGCUUAUUACCUGCCCUACCAGGUCUCCCUGCGAAGAAGGACGGGCACAGCCAGUGCCUAUGCCCAUACCUGUGGAGGAAGUCUGAUCAAUGAGAGGAUAAUUCUGACGGCGGCACAUUGUGUCUACAAUCGAUUGGCGGAGAAUUUCCUGGUGGUUGCUGGCACUGAAAUGCGUUCCGGCAUGGAUGGUGGUGUGGUGUCGCGGGUGGAGAAGCUAGUAGCACAUGAACACUACAAUGCGUCGAUAACUGAUAAUGAUAUUGCCUUGAUCUUUGUCUCGCCGCCAUUUCCGGUUGGAUCGCAUUUCAAGAUAGCCACCAUUGAGUUGGCCCAGAAGUUGCCUGCAGUGGGCAGCGUUGCCACAGUUUCGGGCUGGGGCGCCACCACAGAGGGUGGACUCUCUUCCGCCCAGCUGCAACAGGUGCAAGUGCCACUGGUGGACAAUGCCGAGUGCCAGGCAGCCUAUAAUUAUCGACCCAUCACCCAAGGCAUGCUCUGUGCUGCGGUGCCCGAGGGGGGCAAGGAUUCCUGCCAGGGUGACUCGGGAGGACCGCUGGUGGCCAACAAUCAACUGCUGGGCAUUGUCUCCUGGGGCGAGGGCUGUGCACGCGCCGGAUUUCCCGGAGUCUACGCAUCCGUGCCACAUUUCCAAGGCUGGAUUGCCGAUCAGUUAGCGGCGAAUCCAUCGGCGAUGACCGUUGAUAAGUGGCGUUUACAAUCCAACGAUUGGGGGCUAUUUGGGGAUAUUUCAGUCUUUCAGCUGUUGUUAAACAUGACGCACGCGCCGCUCUACCUUUGCCUGGGAUUGGGUCUUUUGGUGGCCUGUGCCUGGGCACAUCCUGCCCAGGACUUGAUGGACUCCCUCAAUGGCCGCAUUGUGGGUGGUCAUGAGACCCAUGUGGCUGUCUACCCGCAUCAGAUCUCGCUGCGUCGCAAGGCCAUCAACUUUCCGAAGAAUCCAUUUAGCCACAUCUGCGGAGGAUCCAUCAUUAAUGAAGAUACCAUUGUUACGGCGGCACAUUGCAUCAUCGCCUCCAAUCCGAGUCAGUAUAAGGUUGUCGCCGGCACUAGUCGACGCAAUGGCUGCGAUGGCACCAUUGUCUCCGUCUCCGAGAUCAUCAUGCACGAGAAGUACAAUCCGGAUACCUAUGACCAUGACAUUGCCCUGCUCCGGUUGAGCUCUCCGUUGCCGUUGAACAACUUCACCAUGAAGGCCAUUGAGCUGGCCAGCAAGGAUGUCAAUCCGGGUGCAAUUAGCACCAUCACCGGCUGGGGAACAACGAGUUCCGGCGGAAUGGCUUCCAAUCAGCUGAUGGCCGUUGAUGUGCCAAUUGUGAGCAACGCCGAUUGCGAUAAGGAUUAUGGUGGCAAUCGCAUCACGGCCUCCAUGCUCUGUGCUGGCGUUCGUGGCGUGGGCGGCAAGGAUGCCUGCCAGGGUGACUCUGGUGGCCCAUUGAUCGUGGACAAUAAGCUGCAUGGCGUCGUCUCAUGGGGCUACGGAUGUGCUGAUGCCAAGUAUCCGGGUGUCUAUGCCAAGGUCUCUUUUCUCCACGACUGGAUCAAUUCCAAGGUGAAGUUGCCUUAAGCCAUGAAAUACUCGUAAUUUAAAAUUCCCCUUUGUCACAUGUCCAAAUAAAUGGCAAAUUGGCGCCCAUUUGGUUGCCUUCAGAUUUA